CCACCCCUGAACUGAGGGUAAAAAUGAGUGGGCUGUACGAAGGGGUAGAGAUGAGUGUAAAGCGCUUCGGACACGGGGCGCUGACAAAUAAAAGUAAACGCUGUGCGCUGUGCGGGCCGCCAGGGGGCGCGAUCGACCCGCCGCGGCUCCGCUCGGGGUGGGGGGUUGGUGGGGGGAACAAAGGGCUGUUUAACAUCUCUGAGUUGGAGGGAAGAAAAAAAAAAAAAAAAACAGAGAGAGACACAAAAGUGGCCCAUUUCCCCUAAAGAAGGAGCGGAGCGCACGAGCAGCGCGCUGUCCCAACUGCGCGCGCAUGGGCGCACGCACGCGCACACACUCGAAUCGAUGUCAAGGCUUGAAAACUUAAAAAAAAAAGUAAGUGAGCCCCUCUGAGACCCCCGAAGCGCGCGCUCCCGGGAGGAGGACCGUCCGUGCGCCGCCCACCGCUGGAAGCCCCCCGUGCGCGCGCCGAGGCACAAAGUCGCGCAGAAGCGAUGAGCGCGAGAGCGGACGCUCGCGCGGACGAGAGAUGAUGCGCCGGACAUGGGGCUCCUCCUGCCUGUAGAGCUUCGCCGACGGGAACCGCGCAACUCGGACGCGCUUCUUCCGCGCUCCUUUCCCGAUGGAGUAGCGCGCUAUGGCGGGAAGGCAGGCGCGAGACGAGGCGCUCGUGUCCAGGAGCGUCUCUUUCAAGCAGCUCGCGAGCUGGAGCGCCAAUAGGAGCGCGCCUGGGCGCGAGGACGUGGAGCCCGUAGCCCUUCCCCCCCCGACCGCGGAGAGCGCGCGCAGCUCGGACAGGAAAGUUUCCAAGAUUUCUGCGGCGGCGGCGGCGACGACGGCGGUGGGGAGCGGGGAGCCGGAGAGGAGUUCUCUCACACACUCGUCACACUCGUCACACUCGCCCUCCGUGCGACAGCUCUCGCAGAAGUUCAGCCGCACGGCGGGACGCUCCUGCUCCUCCGGGGUCUCCGGGGUCUCCGCUGCCAGGUGCGAGGGGCUGCGCGCGCUCAGGGCGCGCCGCGAGGCAGACGCCGCACGCGCUCCGGACACGUCCGCGGAUGCCGCUGAGGGAACGAGCGGGUCGGAGCCCGAGGCGCGUCCGCGGCGGCUGACGGAGCCGCGCGCCGCAGCGAGGAGGGACCGGGAGGAGUGCGCGGGCGCGGGCGUGGGCGCGCCGCCGCCGCGUCGCUCUGCGCCGGCGGCUCCCGGGGACGCCGCCUCCGCCUCCGCUUCUGGCGCCCUCGGCAACUGGCCCAGCGUCCCCAGGAUCCGGCAGCUGUUCGGCGACGCCGCCGCUCUCCCGAAGGCCCCGCGCGACCCGGACUCCGACUUUGGCACCGAGAGACAGGGGGACGAAGCCUCUCGAACCCCUGACCCGCACGCUGAAAAGUUACGCGGGGACCCGAAAGGGACCCUCCUACCGCGGGGCAACGGCGUGGAGCCGCCUGGCGGAGGGCCCCCUCUCUCCUGCGGUCGCCGCCAGCAGCAGGCUUGGGAUAGUUUACAUUCCUCACGUAGCUUCCGCCGAGCGGCAGCCGGAGACGAGGACGCGGAGGAGCGUGCCGGGGUUCGCAGGGCGCCCGUCUCCUUCCAGCGCGAGGCCAAUGGCUCGUGGGCCGAGUCCCCAGGGCGCUCGUCGGGCAGCGAGGAGGACGGCCCCGAGCCACUAGCCACUGCCAGGGACGGCGGGAGCCGCCGCCGCUCCCUCAGGAGGAGGAGGAAGAGCGGCGUCGCAGCGGCCGGAGCCCGACACCAUGCCCUGUCCGAUGACAGCGACGGCGUGCCCGUGAUGGAGUGCCUCCGAUCCUCCGGCAGCAGGUACGACAGAUGCGCCGCCAGGCCCGGCGAGGCCGGGCGGGACGGCCCCCGCGGGCCCUACGGAGGGGUGACCGAAGGCGGCGGUGCCGCCGCCGCUCCUCCGAUGACGGUGGUGUCCCGGGUGUCGAAGGUCAACAUCCCCUCGUUCGUCUCCAGCCCGUGCGACUCGAGGAGCAGCAGCCGGUACUCGAGCACAGAGACGCUGAAAGAGGACGAGCAGCUCCCCCGUGGGGGGCGCGCCACCACAACCGCAGCCGCCACCUCCUCCUGCAUAAAGAGCAAGACGUUCCAUGGCAACUUCACCAUGUACCGCACUCCCAGCUUCGGCCACGGGGACAACUUCCCCCGUGCGCAGGUUCGGGUGCGAGCCAGGCCGACGUCGUGCGCGGCCACCGCCGGGGGGGCCCCCCCUCACAGAGGGGCAUCGCACUGGUCCCUCGGCACUGAUAAGGACAAACACGGGAUGUCCGUGUCGAACCCCGACAUCACCUCAGAGACCCUCAGCCUGAUCAGCUUCCUGAAGACAGACCUGUCCGAGCUUAAGGUUGGAAAGAAAGGCAGGCCGGGGGCCGACCGCGGCGAGGACGGGGGCGCUUCCGCCUCUAGUUGCUCGGGCAUGUCCGGCGCUUCCUCCCUGUACAGGAUGGGAUCCCGUGGCCACAGUUCCUGGCAACAGCGCCCCUCCCUCAAGGACCUGACAGCCACGCUCCGGCGCGCCAACUCCUUCACUUACUCCGACCAGCCCCCGGAGCAGCGACGCGUGGCCGGCGGCGCCACCAAGAGGAGCAGUUCGGAGCAGCGUCUGGACACCGCGGGCGACAUUGAGGCCGCGCUGUCGGACAGGGAGGUGCAGAGCGAUGACUGCCAGCGGAGCGACACCUUCGAGGAGCAGAUGCCCACCCCCCUGCGGGAGCGCUACAUACAGGAGGCGCAGCAGGUGAUCCAGGACAUCUGCGAGAUGGGUGCGCGGGGCGACGACGACGAGGACGACGAGGGACGACGUCUCGGAAAGAAAGUAGACGACGAGCAGCAGUGGGCGGAGCUGGGGCCGCGGGAGAAGAGCGGCGCAGGAGCGGCGCAGGAGCACCUGAGGACUCCCUGCUCGGGGGGGUCCCACGAAAGCGAGAGGGCUUUGCGGAAGGGGCGUUCCGAUGAAAACGUGUUUUGUGACAAGUCGCAGGACGAACUGUCUGGACACGAGUCCAGUUUGACGGACGAAGGAAUAGUGACCGAACCGGAGAGUGCCAGAGAUGCCGUGGGCCAGACGCUGAGCGCGUGGAAACAGUCGGGUCUCUUUGAGGAAGAGCGCUCGGAGCUGAGGCCAGAAAACGAGCCGUCGCCUCCCGUCGCGUCGCAGUGUGCGCGGGCUGAGUGCGAGAGCGUGGUGGUCGGGGCCGAGACCGUUCGCGCCAAAAGCAUGAGUCCCGGACUUCUGGAGGCGCCGUCGACCCCCGGCGCCAUCCGGCGCAGGAGGAAGUUCUCCUCGGCCGGAAACGGCAGCUCCGAUUCCAGCAACGGUAGCAAUGGUGAGUCGAGCGGAGAGGCGUACCGCUCCCUCAGCGACCCCAUGCCUCACCGGCGCCGCUCGCUCACCGAAGACUGCAACACCUUCUCCGUGGACAGCAACCUGCUGGGCGCGCUCAACGCCAAGGCAGCUGCGGCAGAGGCGUCGGCAGGAGAGUUCUCGGAGUGCACGGGCAGUGCGGCCAGCGACCUGUCUGAGAGCAGCGAGGGCCCGCGGGACUAUAGCAGCCUCCUGCAGAGCAUCGUGCGCGAGCCCGGCGCCAUGGGCAAGCUGAGCGACGACAAGGCCGCCGGCAAGGCUGUCAAGAAGAAGUCCUUCAGCGACCCCAGCCGGCGUGGCGAGCCCGCGGCCACCGACGGCUCCGGAUUCGCGGGCCCCAGGGAGCCCAUCAGCGAGCUGGAGCAGGUCAUCCCGCCGUCCAGUAGCGAGCCCGUGUUGUCGGAGCAGAGGGGAGGGCCGGGCGAGCUGGACGAGGAGCAGCCGGGGCCCGAUGGGAAGCCCGGGGUCCGGUCGGUGCGGACGCCGCCCUCGAACCCGGAGUGCGACGACAGGAAGUCGCCCUCUUUCCCCUUUGACCCCGAGCUCGCCAAGGUCCUUUCUCCUCACACGGCGCGCCGCAGCUACAGGAAGCGCAACGGUCGGGCAGCGGUGCCGCAGCCGGCGAGCGACCCGGAGCGGCCGGUGCCGCCACACCCGCUGAAACCCAGAGCCAAGCACGUACGGCACGCCAGCGAGCCCGUCACCUUUGUGCCCAUCGUGCCUCCCGAAGCGCCUCUGUCUGCAAUUCAAGAUGUGGAGGUCAGCGUCCCGACGCCCUCCCGGCCCAGGCCGAACCGGGGGGACCCGGCUCCCUCCUUGGAAGACGUGACCAAACAAUACAUCCUGGCACUGAACACCGCAGACACCGGUCCGGGCCUGGAAGGGGGCGCUGGAUCUACGCCUGCCACCCCGACGACCGGUGAGCCCAAGCUGCCCAGGAAAGCAAGCGAAGACCCGGCUCCGGGGCCACAGAAGGCCAAAGUGGACAUGAGGAAGCAUGUGAUGAUGACCCUCGUGGACACCGAGAAGUCCUACGUGGAGUCCCUUCGCACCCUCAUCCAGGGCUACAUGAAACCUCUGAAGCACCCGGAGAACUCGCUGCUGUGCGACCCGUCGCUGGUGGAUGAGAUGUUCUACCAGAUCCCCGAGAUGCUGGAGCACCACGAGCAGUUCCUCGAGGGCGUCGUGAGCUGCGUCGACGACUGGCACGACCGGCAGCUCGUGGGGCACCUCCUCGUCGAGUCGUUCUCCAAAGAGAUACUGGUGAACAUUUACUCUGCGUACAUCGACAACUUCCUCAACGCCAAAGAUGCUGUGAGGAUCGCCAAGGAGGCCAAGCCAGCGUUCCUCAAGUUUCUCGAGCAAAGCAUGCGGGAGAACAAGGACAAGCAGGCGCUGGCCGACCUCAUGAUCAAGCCAGUGCAGCGAAUCCCGCGGUACGAGCUGCUGGUCAAGGACCUGCUGAAACACACUCCCGAAGAGCACCCGGACCACCUGUUCCUGCUGGACGCCCAGAAGAACAUCAAGCGCCUGGCGGAGCGGGUCAACAAGGGGCGCCGCAGCGCAGAGGAGGCCGAGCGAGAGGCGCGGGUCAUGCAGGAGAUCGAGGCGCACAUCGAGGGCGUCGAACACAUCCUGAACCCCCAGAGGAAGUUCCUGAGGCAGGAGAUGGUGGUGGAAGCAAAAACAGUCGGCGGGAAGAAGGACCGUUCUCUGUUCCUCUUCAGCGACCUGCUCAUCUGCACGACCCUCAAGCGCAAGUCGGGAUCCCUGCGCCGCAGCUCCAUGAGCCUGUACUCGGCGGCCAGCGUUAUCGACACGUCCAGUAAAUACAAGUUCCUCUGGAAACUUCCACUGGAAGAAGUGGAGCUGGUCAAAGGCUCCUCUCAGUCCAGCAAUCGGGAGAACAUCCAGAAGAACAUCGGCCGCCUGGACGAGGACCUGAGCACCCUGGGACAGAUCAGCAAGCUGUCCGAGACGCUCAGCUUCCCCCACCAGAGCCUGGAUGACGUCAUCAAGGAGCUGAUGGCCUCGGUGCACCGUGAGCUGGCGGAGAAACAGUCGCUGGCCUUCAGCAGCACCUUCCUUCCCACCAAGGUGGAGUUGACGACGGCGUCGGCCGAGAGCUCCUUUGUCUUCGAGUUCACGAGUCCCGACGCCCGCGGCAACUUCGAGCAGGCCUUGGAGGACGCCAAGAAGAAACUCGCCAUGAGCAAAGACCACUGGGACCCCGAGUUCCUCAAAGCCAUCCCCAUCAUGAAGACCAGGAGCGGUAUGCAGUUCUCGUGCGCCUCGCCCAGCCACAGCUGCCCCGAAAGCCCCUGCGAGGUGUGGGUGUGUAACAGCGAUGGCUACGUGGGUCAGGUGUGUCUGCUCAACAUCCGUGACGAGCCCACCGUGGAGGCGUGCAUCGCCGUGUGCUCGGCGCGCAUCAUCUGCAUCGCCGCCGUGCCCGGCCUCAAGGGCAGAGAGCGAUCCGAGUCGGUCCCGAGUGGCCCCGCCCCCUCGGUCCAGCAGCCGCAGCAGCAACAGCGGCUGCACAUCUCCAUCUCGGGUUCGUCCCUGGAGCUGGUGGAGCCGCGGCGGGGGGCGGGUCGAGAGCUCGUGCCCUUUGACAGCGACGACACGGACGACGAGGACUCGCCCAGCCCCUCGUCGACGCUGCAGAGCCAGGCCAGCCGCUCCACCAUCUCGUCGAGCUUCGGCAGGUUUGCCGAUGACGAGGGCACGGGAUCCAAGGACAUGGCCACGGAGACCACGAGCUCGGAGGAGGAGCAGGAGUUCCCGGCGGUCAGCCCAUAUGGCGGCGGCGGCGGCGGCGGCCUGAGCGCGGCGGACGGUCCUGUGGACGGCAGGGCCAUGCGUCGCUCCAGCCGCGGCUCCUUCACUCGAGCCAGUCUGGAGGACCUGCUGAGCAUCGACCCCGAGGCCUACCAGAGCUCGGUGUGGCUGGGGACCGAGGACGGCUGCAUCCACGUGUACCAGUCGUCCGACAACAUCCGCAACAGGAAGAACAGCAUGAAGAUGCAGCACGCGGCAUCCAUCCUGUGCAUCCUGUACCUCGACAACAAGGUGUUUGUCUCUCUGGCCAACGGAGAAGUCAUCGUGUACCAAAGGGAAGCGGGAAGCUUCUGGGACCCUCAGAGCUCGCAGACCCUGGUCCUGGGUACCCCCGGUGGUCCCGUCACCAAGAUGGUUCCGGUGGCAGGGAGGCUGUGGUGCGGCUGCCAGAACAGGAUCCUGAUCAUCAACACGAGCACGUUGGUGCAGGAGCACUCGUUCCAGGUGGGCCAGGACAGCGGCCGCUGCGUGACCAGUAUGGUGAGCUACGGCCAGGGCGUGUGGGUGUCCCUCCAGGGCAGUGCCACAGUGCGCCUGUACCACGCCGUCACCUACGAGAGCCUUACUGAAGUGGACGUGGCACCUACUGUGCACAAGAUGCUAGCAAGUUCGGACGCCAUCAUCCGGCAGCACAAGGCGGCCUGUCUGCGCAUCACGGCGCUGCUCGCCUGUAAGGACCUGCUGUGGGUGGGCACCAGCGCCGGGGUGGUUCUGACCCUGAGCAUCCCGCCAGUGUCGGCCAGCGGCGGUCCGGCCUCGCUGCGCGGCCCGCUGGUCCCCAUGGGCUCCGUCCACGGCCACACGGGCCACGUGCGCUUCCUCACGGCCAUCGAGCUGCCCGAGGGCUUCGACCUCAGCUUCCCCCCGCAGGUCGAACCAGGGAACCCCGCCCACGGCGGAGAAGGUGGCGGUUCAGGGCUGCAGAGGCGAGACUCCGCCCACCGCCGUGCCUCCGCCGUCCUCGUGACCAAGAGCAGCAUGCUGGUGAUCAGCGGGGGCGACGGCUACGAGGAUUUCCGCAUGGCCAGCAGCAGCGAGACGGUGGGCCGCGACGACAGCACCAACCACCUGCUCCUGUGGAGGGUGUGACCGGCGCGCCGCCGCCGCCCCCAAGGACCGCCCCCAGCCGAAUGCGCCGUGCCUGGAUGUGGGCUCUCCGUGCUCGUGCGUUCCCGCGGGUUCCCGCACACGGACGUCUCGCCUCUUCCCUCUUCCUCUCCUCUUGGGUUCGCCGAAUUCCUCCGCCCCCCCAUUUCAUUAUGAGCUCGUGCGGCGUGCGUGCGUGCGGCGUGUCCGUCCUUUCCGGGCCCAAAGGGCACAAGGGGGCAGAAGCAGGCGGAUCCUUAAAGAUGGAGGAAGAACAAGCUGACGGGGCGCUGCUCCCCGCGGUUCAGCGGGACGACCGAGGCGCCGUGAGGAGCGACGCAGGGAGGAGACACCGGCACUGAACCCGAACCCAAACCCACUUUUCCUCUCCGGCCGCCGCUCGCGUGACCGCUGCCGUCGCCUCGCGCCAUGACGCCCCUCCCGGCAUCGACGGGCUUCCGUUUGGUCUUUUCGGUGUUUGGUGUAAUAGAGUCAGCAAAGUGCAAUAUAUGGCACACACUGCACACACCGCACACACACGUUCGCUGCAUACACUACGCGCACUACACACACACUGCACACACAACGAUACGCUGUGCUGGACUGUGACGCUGCACAGCGUCUGCAGUGGAAAUCGUACUCGGCACCGUCACGCAUCAUCACUCUUUUGUCAUCAUUUAUUAAAUAUUAAAUAGCAAAACUACCAGGAGGAACACAGUGAACAUUUUCUCUUGGGUCAUUUUUGUACAGUAUUUAUAUCUGAGUUUUAGUUAAUCUUUUUGCAGCACUUAAUUUAUACAAUCCCUGUGCAGUUAUUGGGCCGGGUGUCGGGGGUCCUCUAGUGCCCUACCGGGAUGGGGGGGUGUAUCUCCUGUUGGUGUUCACCACCAGCUUAUUGGUUUGUGUCCCGCUCGACUCCCUGGCAGCAGCCGUCUACGUAGCCUGCGGGGACUCCUCUGUGUGUGUGUGUGUGUGUGUGUGUGUGUGUGUGUGUGUGUGCGUGUGCGCGCAAAUAUGAAGUACACCGUAUAGCAGAGCGUGGAGAGAGUUCCAGUAUCAACUACUGUGUUUCCCACAAAAUGACACCACACGAGUUUAUGGUGAUGAAGCGACGCCCUUUGUGCCCUCGGCUCAGCGCUAAAGUACCGCGGUGCAAACUGUAAAUAUUGGUACAUAUUGCCUUCUCUGUACAUAGUGUCUCCAGCCCAGACUGUUGAUAU